AUGGACAAUCUUUUCAGGGGAUUCGACGCUCCCGUCGAGCAAGCUAGACGCCACGCCGACACACGACAGCACGUAAAUCCAGCUGAUACAACCAAGAGUACGCAGCAUCGGCACAAUCGUGCGCAUGAGCAGGAUGAACACUGUCAUCAACACGGGCCAUCUUUCCCACCACGUGUCGAGUCAGAAAAGAGCGCUCGUCGAGCCCGAGGCGAGCCUCAGCGUCAACAAGGAAACCAUCGGGACGCAUCAAGAGAGGCCCAGCGGCACAUUGCGGAUGAGGGUAUCUUUCGCGCUGCGCAGGCUGCUGCCUCCCGCGAGCAUGGACAGGAGCAGCUGAAAUGCGACGACAGUACAUUGAACGGGAGCGUCCCUCGGCUUGCCUCGCGACAUGCAAUCGGGAAAACACACGACAGUGCGAAGCCUGAGCCCAGGCAGCACCAUGCCCCCAAGUCUAAGCCCAUGAGGCAGAAGCCAGGCUCUUCCCGGCCACAAUCUGCCUCGGCGGCAUCAAAUGAACCGUCCGUGCCCAUUGACUAUCGCUCCAUUGGUGCAAGCCUCUUCCACGGAGCUUUCUGUGUCGCUGUGCUGCUGCUCAACUUCACGCUCUACUUCCGCCCAUCAUGGCGCAGAUCUAUUGUCCUUGUAGCUCUGGCUCUACUGGGGCUGAUCAUCUACGGCUUUGUCAGCGACCUCCCCGCUCGUUUGCCUAUCAUCAAGAGCCUCUUUGACGUUGCGUGGGGCUACUUUGGCAUCGGUGUCUCGGAGGUGGGCCAUGGCUUCAGGAUGCUGUCAGCGAGCGUGUUGGCUGGCACCACAGCUGCCACUGCCCAUUCUCCGCCUUCCACUGUACAGUCGAUCGCCACGACUGCGUCGGCCAACUUCCAGAACCCACUGCCUCUGAAAUACCCGGUGGUCAGCCUGUACCUCGAGAAGCUGUGGGCAGACACCAAUGUCCUCAACGUCGCCUUGGUAGAACUCGAGAAGCUCAAGCAGACGCGCGCCUCUCCUCCCGCGUGGGCGAGUAGUGCACAUGGUUUGGCGGAGGAUGCUCUGCGUAGCCUGCGCAGAGCGCAUGCCGGCUACGCGCCGUGCUACGCUGGGCUCGCCAUGUACGACCGUGUGCAGCAAGAGCGUCUCGCACAUUUGGGUCAGAGUGUGCAUGUAUUCAACACACUUUGUGUCCACGAUGGUGAUCGCAGCACGGCUCAAGGCCAGUGGUCUCUAGGCUGGGUCUUGCGAAUCGUUCGUGGACUAUCGACAUCCGGCGGCGAGCAAUUCUGUGCGCAGACGCUAGAGGGACUCGAGGUGCAGGCUCAUCUCUUCUCCCGCGACGACACGCUCGCCGCGUCGAGGACGUGCCACGCAGACAUGGUAGCGCAAUUCUCCCACGUCCAGCAGCUCAUCGACCGAGCCCUGAACGCUGUCCCACAGCCAGCGGCGCAGGGGCGGGGUCUCAGGAGCCGCGCAGACAGGGCAGAUGGCGCGUCUGCGCGAAUCUCCCGUGUUCUCCGGGGCACGCAGAUUGUCUUGGCCCGAGUGGUGGCGCACCUGGAGGAAGAGAGUACCCAUAUACGACUGCGAGAGGAUCUGCAGCUGCAGAUCGAGGCCCUGGCUGUGCAGCGGCAGCAGAAGCCGCUGGUUGUUCGGGAAUCGUUGCAAGAGGGGAGGGGAGGAUCGAGAGCACAAGGGCCAAGUGGCCGGGAACGCCUGGUAGAUGAGGAGAAAUGA